AUGGCAGACCCAUUCGAGGUGCGCAUGCGAUUUAGUAAUCAGCUUCAGCAUCUCAACGCGUCCGUCGCCUCGGCUCAAAAGGCUACUCAGUAUGCUCUCAAGCAUAGGGAAUUGCACGAGGAUUUGCACUCUUGCAUACUCGAGCAGGUAGAACAGACCAAUAUGAAUAUCCGGGCCAACAUCAUGUAUUUUAUCGAACACUUCCUCGACCAGGCCAGUCGGGAGGGCCAACCAGACUAUGUUCGGAUGAUGCAGCGCGAUAUUAUUCGUGUCGUCGAUGCUGUGGCCCCGGAUGAUGGUUCAGGAGCCGCAAAUGUUAAAGUUGUUCGUAAGGUCCUCCGAGGCUUGCAGGGCAAAGGCUUCCUCGACGAGCAGGUCGCGGCGCAGAUCGAAGACGUUAUCAAAGAGCGCGGGACCAAGGAUCAUGACCUAGGGCUGUCAUCGCCCAUGGAGAGUGCCACCCUGGCAGAGCAGACACCUGUCCAGUCUCACAGCCAGCAGACCAGGCGGCCAACGCCAGCGCGGCUGGACAAACGCCAAGUCGAGCAGCGCAUCGAGGAGGACCGAGAACGACACAAGAGGGAACGUGAAAGCAUAUGGGCUAUUCCCAAGGGCGACGACGCCGAGAUGAACAAGCUCUGGGAGGAGACGAGCGAUUUUGGUGAGGAUGAUGACCGUCUCAUUGCCGAGGAGAGCGCCGACUUUGACACCGAGAUGGAGAUGCAGAUGUGUCAGCAUCUGCGGGCUGCGAAUGGGCAGCACCGAAAAUAA